AUGCCUUCCGAUGAGACCUGUGCCAACCCCCUGCUUCUUGGAUGGGUGCAAGAAUGGGUUGAUCUUGCGCGAGAGCGCAAUUCUAAAGGAUUGACGACCUAUAGGAAGGCCUAUGCCGCCCUUAAAGCAUGUCCGGUGACCUUCCAACACCCUUCUCAGCUCCAACAGCUGAAGGGGUUUGGACCGAAACUAUGCGAUCGCUUGACCGAUAAAAUGCAGAAGCAUUGCCAAGAAAAUGGACUACCCAUGUCUAAGAGACCUAGGCGGUCUACUGUUCCUGGCUUGGCCGACCAAGGCGAGGAUGAAGAGGGUGAAGCGCGGCCUCCUAAAAGGCAGAGGAAGGCUAAGCCUUACGUACCAGCCCUUCGGUCUGGUCCUUACGCCAUAAUAAUUGGGCUAGCAACUCUUGAAGAGGGCACGAAUAACGGACUCAGCAAGGCACAAUUAAUCGAGGUAGCGCAACCUCAUUGUGAUGCAUCGUUCACAGCCCCUCCGGAUCCAAGGAGCUUUUACACAGCCUGGAAUUCUAUGAAAACUCUCCUUGAUAAGGACCUCGUGUAUGAACGCCGUGGACCAACACGAAGGUACCAUUUGACAGAGGAAGGAUGGGAGGUCGCCCGACGAAUUCAACAGACGACGAACCCCAAUCAACCUAUAGCUGUUCCGCCAAGGUUAAAUCCAGCCCCUGAACCUCAGGAGGUUGAUCUAACCCCUCCUACACUAAGCGCUCGAGCCCCUUCGUUGGAAAUAGAAGAUCAACCUAAUGAAUCGAGCUAUGUAGACGUUGUUACCAACGGUAAUUCAUCGUCUAGUAGUUCAUCAUUACCCAAUUUCCGGCCUAUUCGCUUAGGCCCCGGCACCUUCGAGGUUCAUCUAGUACUCGAUGUCCGCGAGGUCCGGGCAAAGACCGAUAGAGACUACAUGCAAAACGAGCUUGCAAAGAAGGGCGUCAACCCAAUAAUGCGUUCUCUUGAACUCGGUGAUGCCAUAUGGGUUGCCAAGUGUAAAGAGGCUAACUUCCUCUCUCGACUGGGCGCCGAGGGCGAUGAAGUCGUACUUGACUAUAUCGUUGAGAGAAAAAGACUCGAUGAUUUAAUCAGUAGUGUAAAAGACGGCCGCUUCCAUGAGCAGAAGUUCCGACUGAAGCGAUCCGGAGUUAAGAAUGUCGUCUAUAUUAUCGAGGAGAUCUCGAUGGAUGCCGAGACAUUAGACAAACGUGCAGAGAUGGUACAGUCCGCUAUUGGGUCGACACAGGUGGUUAAUGGCUUCUUUGUGAAGAAGACGCAGAAGAUGGACGAUACCAUUCGAUAUCUUACUAGAAUGACUAUGCUUCUAAAGAAGCAAUACGAGAGCAAACCCUUGCUCGUUAUCCCUACCGAAGUCCUAACGACUCAGAAUUAUCUCCCAUUACUCGAGCAUCUCCGCAAAAAGGAGCCUACAACCGGUCAUCACAUCACUUAUCCUGCAUUUGCGUCACUAGCGUCGAAAUCCGAUAUGAUGACGCUACGGGAUUUAUAUCUGAAGAUGCUGAUGUGCACUAGACAAGUUACGGGAGAGAAAGCUCUUGAGAUCCAGAGGAGAUGGAAGACGCCGUAUGACUUCGUGAAAGCUUAUGAGGGUUGUGGCGAUGGAGACGCUGGCAAGAAACGAAAGCGAGAAAUGGUCUCCGAUCAGAUGGGGAACCUGUUUGGGCGGAAGAAGAUCGCGAAACCACUAAGUCAGAAAAUCGCAGAAAUCUGGACUAAUACAUGA